GCUCUGUCUUCAUCCCAUAAUCCCAUUUUGUUCCACUCCGACAAGAAUUCACGAGUUCAGUUUCCAAAAACUGAUAAUUACUUUAUUCACUGCAGUUAAUAAUCACAAAAUAUAACAGAAAAAUCGAAUAAAACAACCAACACUCCCAAUUUCCCAUCACUCAUUUCAUCUCAUUCAAUCCAAUUCCCAAAAAAAUGAACAAAAUCCUCCUCCAAUUCCUCGCCGCCGUCGCCCUCUCCGCCCUCCUCGCCCGCUCCGCCGCCCGCGACCUCCGCCCGUCGGACCACGGCCUCGACUUCCAGGAGAGCUCCUCGCCGCCGCCGUCUCGCGGCGGCGCCGGCGAGCAGCAGGAAAUGAUGGCAUUCUUCGGCGAAACGACGUCGUCCGCGGCCGCGGCGAGCGUGCAGCUGCCCGAGGCGAAGAACAUCAGCGACACGUGGCUGGGGGCACGUGGCGCGGGCGAGAGGGCACGUGACGAGGCGAGGAGAGAUCACGUGCGGCUGGGGUUGCUGGUGGCGACGGCGGUGUGCGGGCUGACCGGCGUCGCGCUGCUGGCGAUCUCCGGCGCCGUAUUUAUUUUCCGGCUGAGGAAAACUGACCGGAAUUCGUCGGCUUUGGCGCCGGAGAAGAAGAUCAGUGGUAAUUUUAUGGUUUGAUUCGGUUUGUGCAUAUGCCUCGAUACUCAAACUCGGCCCGCGUCAAGGCCCGUCUCUAUGGUAGCUUUUUCACUCUUA